ACACAUUUUGUGAGCUCAGGUUUAGGGUUUUUUCAUAGAGAGAGUGACAAUGGAUGUGAAUGGUGUUCCUCCCAAAGCUUUAUCGGCGGAGAGCCUGCCGAUAUUCAAAGAAGGGAUAGGUCUAGUUUUCUCUCGGUGGUCGGCGCUCCAAAUGGCUGUCGAGAACGAGUGGGGCGGCCGUGACUCGCGUCUCAAAGCCGAUCAAAUCGGCUCCGAUAUCGUCUACUGGUUCACUCAGUCCAAAGAGCCUCUUUAUAUGGAUGAUUUAGAAGCUGUACUUGAGGAAGGUUUGCUGACCCUCAAUACCGAGGUUGAUGAUGGCAGCAUUGAGGAGGUAGCCUAUAAACUGAUGGUUAUGCAUGAAGAAUGUUUGGAAGGGAAGUUUCAGGCUAUUGAAAGCCUAAGGGAAGCCAAUCAAAAUAAAGCUGCUGUUCAUCAUGUCAGACAGGCUGUGAGUGAUGAUGAUGAUGACGACGACGACGAUGAUGAUGACAAUGUAAGCAGAGAUGUUGCCAAUAAGAAUGAGAAUUCAUCAAAUAUGAUGGUGGAUGCACCAGAGUCCCAAUCAAAUUUGAAUCAUGUAAACAUGAUAGUCGAUGACCCUAGGCCAAAGGUGGCAGAAGAAACAGAAGAUGGAUGGGUCCAAGUUUCACGCAGACGGAGUAGGGGUAAAAAGAAUUAGGUUGAAACAGUGUACCACAGUGCCCUUUCAAUAUAUCUUCUCUGUUUUCUUUUUUGGUUCUCCUUAAAAGUUUUGGUUUGCCAAAUUAUGAGUGGUGCUCCACAAGAGUUAUUUUGCUUGAUUGAAAAUCAAGUUUUCUUUGGUUUGAGGAUAUGCUAGGAUGAGGUUUUUAUUUGGGUAUAUAUGCAGUAUCUGUGCGUGCACAUUUUCUGCGAACUCUUUAAAGUAUUUAAAAGGAUAGAUAUCAAAUUAUCAUGGUCUUAUGUAUUGAUUCAGUAUUUAACGAUGGAAUUGGGUUACAUUAUUAAUAGAGCAGUUUUUGAUA